CUGUUAUUACGCCUUCGUCACAGUUCCGACUUACGUACGGGCUUCUCUCCUAUAAAAGACGACGUCAGCGUCGUCCACGUACAGAAAUCACCGUCAGAGAGCCGUACUGCCGUCGACGUACUGCGAGAUGAAGACCGUCCACGCCCUGCUGCUGUCCUCGGUGCUGACGUUGCUGGUGUGCCGGUCGUCAGCUGAGAUGCUCCCCUACCAGCAGCGGCUAGCAGAGAGAGGAGACAGAGCACAGCUAGAUGAUGACAUAUCUACGCCCUACGAUGAUGUCCCGGAUGUGAAGGAGGCCGCCUAUUGGCUCCUGUGGAAAACCCUGCUGGAAAACUCUCCUGGGAGACCCGCGCAUGCGCGGCACCCGCAGAACGUCAUGGACACUGACGAGGAGAGUCGGGAGUCCCUGAGGACGACCGUGGUGCAACGCGCGGCCAAGAGGUGGAAAGGGAAGUGCAGCAACUCCUUCUGGAAGUUCUGCCAGGGUUGAUGCGCUCCCAGCAUCCUCUCUGUCGUCACCGAUGACGUCAUAGCCAGGUGACAGUCACACCACCAACCAAAAGGGGCCAAAAGCAGCAACACGUGAUUGUCACAUGAUCAACACGUGAUCGCGGAUACAUUCAAAGACUCACGGAAAAAAGAUUGAAUUUGAAAUAGGUUCGUCAAAAUUAAGUAAAUUUAAUUACAAUGGUCUAUCAAUGGUCAACAGACUGUAAAAAAACAUGGUUGUAUUAUAUUAUACAACAUUGACGAUAGUAUUUCUCCCUAAAUUUACUUUAAAGUACAAUUGUUGUCUCAAACAUUUCUUACUGACCUCUACAUUGUAUUAUAUCAGACCAAACGUGAAAUUCCUGAUAUCUUUUACGUUAUGCUUUGCAUAGAAAAUGCGGUUAUUUUUGCAAAGCCUAUCGAAGUAUUUUCGUGCUUUAGAUGUUGUUUUAAGUUAAGAAACAUGGAAUAAAGAAAGCCAUGAUAAGCACUGAAUAAACGAUGUGUCUUUUUUGUUUG